GUUCGUUUGCAAGUCACUGGACGCUGAAGAACUGCGAGGAUUGUUGUAUCUUGGAUCGCUUUCAGUUGACUUAUAUUCCUUCUUCUUCAUUAGAAAAAUUACACAUAGAUUGGAAUUGGCCUAUCGAGAAUCAACGGACAGGCUCUGAGAGAGGCCGCUAUCGCGAACGAAGACUCGACAGGACGUUCUCGUAUGCUCCUACUGGCCGAGUGAGGACGCCCGACGCGAACGCAACAUGCCCGUUUGCCAGCAUUUCUUGAAAGGCCGGUGUAAAUAUGGAGACAGAUGCUACAAUGAGCACCCCGGCAAGCAAACAGUAGGCGGGAACAAAUUCGCAGCUCUCUCCGGCGGCGGCGGCGGCGGAGGCGGCGGAGGUGGAGAAUGCGCACUAAACAUGGUCAGAUAUGGGAUCACCGCAGCAGAUAUCAAAGCAGACCUGACUCCUGGCAAGGGGCUCCCUGAAUGGAUCUUUUCAUGCUAUGGCCCCGGAAGAGAUGCCCCCAGGCAACUAUUUGGAGGCCCUCAGCGAGAACAGAGCUUCGAAGAACUACGACUCCGUCAUUAUGAACUAGUCGCUCAAGGUAGCCCAAUUGAGGUAGCAGUUUCAGAAGCCCAGGGUCUCCACAAUGAGGCACGAAACCAAAUGGAAAACGCUCUCAGGGACCUGGAUGGAGCUGUCAGAUAUAUCCUAGAUGGUGCCAAGGAGCAUCCGAAUCGAAUUGACAUUAUCAAGGCACCCCCUGCCACAGGUCCAGCCUUCGGUGAGCCAGCAUUAUUGGGCGAUCAAGCUUACGCAAAACCAUCUAUCGCUCCACCCAUUGGGUUCGGUCAACCUUCGAAUCUUGCACAUGCAACUGGCUUUGGACAACCAAGUGCCUUCAACCAGGGCUCGUCGUUUGGCAAGCCAUCCGCACAAUCGGCUUUUGGGCAACCGUCAUUUGGGCAACCCGCACCUGGGUUCGGCCAGCCUUCCUUCGGUCAGCCUUCAGCUGCAGGAGCCACAGCGUCUCCGUUUAGUAAGGCAUCUGGCGGCUUUGGCGCAUCUGCAUCCACGCCCUCCCCGUUUGCGCAGUUUGCAAAUGCAAAAUCUGGUGGGUCAACCAUUGGUCAACCAUCAGCAUCACCCUUUGGUAGUGGUCAGCCAUCAAACCCAUUUGGCCAAGCAAUUCCCUCCUCUGGAGCCACAAACCAACCCCCAGCCGAGCCAGUAUUUGGCCAGUCUGCGUCAACGCCGGCAACUUCUGGGUUCGGGACAGCAUCAACGCCGGCAACUUCUGGGUUCGGGGCAGCAUCAACGCCGGCAACUUCGGGGUUCGGCAUACCGACAACGUCAGCGGCUGCUCUGGCAGCCCCUGCUGCUCCUACUGCGCCAUUGGGACCUGGGCCAGCCCCUGUCAUCAGAACGAGAGACCCAAGCGAGCUCAGCCCCAUCCCACCUCUCAACGGACAGACGAUUCGCGAUCCCAGGACAAGAAAGCUCACCUCUUGGAAGGGUCAACCCGUGGAAUAUAUCAACGACGUACCGUGCUAUCUUCAUCCGCAGGAUCGUGAAAUCUACGUCCGCAUCUUUUUCCCAGAUGGGCCACCUGAUGAAGCUAGUCUAAGGGAUGCUCAGGCCCGGCCCGAGGAGUAUACGGCCGAGAUUACACAACAGUACGAGUACUUCGUGACGAAUGGGUGUUUCGAGAACGGGGUCAUUCCCAGCGUACCGCCAAAGACCGAGUGGGUGAGCUUCGACUUCUAG